UUCUCUUUAUAUACUCAUGAGAAUGAAGGUAACAAAGCACACACACAAAACACAACAAAACAGCAAACAUAUUUUUCAACGAAAAGAAACAAGAAAACAUGUUCCAGCUUCGCCGGAGUAUCAUCCGAGGCAGCCUCUGCCGCCGCAUUCAGCACCGCAUUUCCAUCCUCCGGCGAUACAUUCAUCGCCUCUUCCACCACUUCCUCCUCUGCUCCCCUCCUUCUCUCUACCGCCGCAUGCUGUUACCAUCCUCCUCCUCCUCCUCCGCCGUGGAGUUGGUGGAGCCGGUAACACCACCACCUCAUCAGCUUCUUCACACACAUGACAUGGACUCUGACUUGGUUUCAUUGAAGAUAAGCCUCUUGGGUGAUUCCCAUAUUGGAAAAACAAGCUUCUUGAUGAAAUAUGUAGGUGCUGAAACUGAAAAAGAUAACAAGCAAGGUGAACACCAUAGCAAAACUUUAAUUGUAGAAGGUGCUCGAAUCUCAUAUUCUAUCUGGGAAAUAGCAGGUGAUGAAAAAUCAGAGGACCAAAUCCCAUUAGCAUGCAAGGACUCUGUGGCAAUUUUGAUUAUGUUUGAUCUCACUAGUAGAUGCACACUAAACAGUGUCAUAGGGUGGUAUAAAGAAGCCAGGAAAUGGAACAGGACAGCAAUUCCAGUAUUGGUAGGAACCAAGUUUGAUGAUUUCAUUCAGCUCCCAAUUGAUAUGCAAUGGACCAUAGCCAGUCAGGCAAGAGCAUAUGCCAAAGCCCUCAAUGCAACAUUGUUCUUUUCAAGUGCCACCUACAAUAUCAAUGUCAAUAAGGUCUUCAAAUUCAUCACUGCCAAACUUUUUGACUUACCAUGGACAUUGGAAAGAAAUCUUAAUGUUGGAGAGCCAAUAAUUGAUUUCUAAAAGGAUACAUAGAAUGAUCAAAGUGCUUUUCAUCUUAUUAAGUAC